AUUUUGUUUCCAGCACAGCAGUCUAGAGCCUUCCUCUAUGCCCAUGCUGUACCACAGGAAGUAGAGGAACUGGUGCAUGUUGUAUGGUGAUGUCUGAGUUUAGGAGAAAUCUACCUGGGCAGUUCAAUUUCUAAUGGUCUUUCUUUUGUCUUGCCUAAGCAGAGUAUUGGCCCUUGCAUGCUGGAGGCUUCAGUGCAGCACUGGGACACUGUGGAAAGUAGAGCAUCUUAGUGCCAAAAAAACAUGUCAGCAAAAAGAGCCUUAGUGAUUCUGGCUAAAGGAGCGGAGGAGAUGGAAACUGUUAUCCCCACUGAUCUUAUGAGAAGGGCUGGAAUCAAGGUCACAGUUGCAGGCCUAACAGGAAAAGAGCCAGUGCAGUGCAGCCGAGAUGUCUUUGUUUGUCCUGACACCAGUUUGGAAGAUGCCAGAAAAGAGGGGCCUUAUGAUGUGGUGGUCCUACCAGGAGGUAAUCUAGGAGCUCAGAACUUGUCAGAGUCUUCUGCUGUUAAAGACAUUCUGAAGGACCAGGAGAUGAGGAAAGGCUUGAUUGCUGCCAUUUGUGCAGGUCCAACUGCCCUUCUGGCGCACGGAAUAGGGUUUGGGAGCAAAGUUACUACACAUCCUUUGGCUAAAGAUAAAAUGAUGAAUGGAGAACACUACAAGUACUCUGAAAACCGGGUUGAGAAGGAUGGGAACAUUCUUACCAGUCGUGGUCCAGGCACCAGUUUUGAGUUUGGCUUGGCUAUUAUUGAAACGCUAAUGGGGAAGGAGGUGUCUGACCAAGUGAAGUCUCCACUUAUACUGAAAGAUUAAUACACAGGUGUAAUUGGUGAACAGGAGAAGAAAGUCCUCAGGUACUUAUGUCCCUUCCUGGAAACAACCAGAAAGCAAGCUGUAUCUUGUAUACAAUCUCAUUGUGAGGCAAAUGCCUUUCAUAAAGUAUUGUUGUGAACUGGAGUAAUUCAUAAACCAAUGGGUUUUGUUCAUAAGGAAACGGAUACAGAUGUCUGCUAACUCAUGACUCCAUGAGAAAGAGGUAAAUAGCUGUGAAUAGGGAAAAAACAACUUAUCCAUGUGCUUUGAAGCUUGCUUGUUCAAAUAAAAAUGUAGUAACCCUGUUCAAGAAUUAAUUGCUACUUGCAUAUGCAUGUUUCUUCAUUGUUUUGAUUGUGAACUUUGCAAGAAUUUAUUUUACCACUUAGAUUCAGUUCCAGAACCUAACUUCAUAGCAAAUAUUUGUGGACAAAUUCUUGUGACAUCUUGAUAAAUGCAAAUGGAAAAAUUUAUGGCCAUGUUUGGACAAUGAAAUAGUCCAAUAGAACUAAGGCUAUGACACUUUAAAAAUGAUAUUCAGUAAAUAAGAUGUAUUCAAAACAAACAGGGAUUUUUCAGGGGUGUCAAAUAUAUGUCCUGCAGGCCACAUCUGGCCUGGGGAGCCAGGUCACCCAGCCUGCAGAGUUGCCCCAACUCUGCUUCCCAUAGCAGCAGCCAAGUGUGUGGGUAAGAACUGCGGUGCUGAAGCCCAACCAGCACCAUGGUGUGUUCCUGCAGUGGCAGCCAAGUGCUUGAGUGACAACUGUGGAGCUGGAACCUCGGCAGUACCAUGGGAUAAAGCCUAGCACUGUGGCUUGUUCCUGCAGCAGCAGCCAAACUCUUGAGGUAUUGGGCUUCUUCCUGAGGUGCUGCUGGGGCUCCAGUGCUGUAGCUUUCACCCAGAAGCUUGGCUGCUGUUGUAAGAAGAAACCAUGAUGCUGCUGGGGCUCUAGCACUGCAGCUGUCACCCAGCUGCCUGGUUGCAGCUGUGGAAAGAAGCUGCAGUACUGCUGUGGCUCCUGUGUUGUGACUCUUGUUGGUUUGGCUGCCAAGCACCUGGGCAAGAGUAACAGCACUGGGGCCCCAACAAGAAUGUAGGAAGCCUAGCACUGUGGCUUGUUCCUAUGCUGGCAGUGAAGAGUCUGGGAUGCUGGUUAGAGUGGCUGCCACGUGCUGGAUCCACCAUGGGUUGGGAGGGGCUGUGGGCCUAAUCUGGCCAGUGGGACCAGCUGGGUGCCAUUUACUUGUCUUAUGGACCAGUCCCACACUAUGUACCUGUUCUGCAGGGUUAAGAGUUUGACAUUACUGCUGUAUAUAUUUAGCCCUUGGCUUAAGGGUUUAGAUUAGGAGCUGGGUUGUUUCCUGCAACCUUUGAACUGUGCUGUCAUUGAGAUUUGUGGGUGAUACAGUUGUAACAGCACAGAUGUGGCAUUCAAGUUCAAGGGCUUCCCUUACUAUCAUUCAGAUUGAAGGCACAUAGUACUUCAGUUGUAUGCUAUGCCUGCUACUCAUGUGACAGUACUCCUGCCUAUGAGUGUAACACAUCAGUUGCCAGGCAAAAACUAAAAUCUUUCCAAUGACUGUAAAACUCAACACAUUUGCCCAUUAAACCUGUAGGUCUGACAUGUGUUGCCAUGUAAAUGUAAGCCAAACCAGAAAGAGGAGUUUGCCAUUCAAAACCAAAUUGGAGAGCAUCUUCCAGGCCAUUACCUGCACUCAAUUCACAGGGCAUAGAAGAGAACUGCAUACUGUUAAGUGCAAAUGCUUUCUAACCUUCUACAGAGCUGCUAUUUAUAAGGCCUUAAGAGGAAAAUCAAAUAUUUCAGAUUA